CAAGAGAUGCGGUAAUGAGUGGGGUUAUGUCAGUUCGUUGACAUCUUAAACAAAAAGCAAGGUGUCUGAUUAAAAAAGAAAUGUUACCGAUUUUUGUUUGAAAUUAAUUACUUAAUUCUAAGGAGGAAUAAUCCAGCUACUUUGAUAAUCUUUUCUGUGUUAAAAAGAUCAAAGUGGUGAUUGGAGUGCGGUACCUAGAAGAUGUCCAGUAUUCUGCAAGCGGCUGCUGAAAUGAAAUGGACCAAGUCGACAGCGGCUAAGAAAACGGCUUGCUUCGUAAUCGCGGCAUAUGGUGUGAAAAGCUUGUACCCUAUCAUCUAUAAACAGCUUGCGAAAAGGAAACGUUCAUCAUCUUCAAAAGAGAACAAACCGGGUACCGCAGGCGGCAUCAACGGAGUUGCAGAAGAAAACGGACUGUUGAAAUGCAGUGGGAGUGGGACGUCGUCCAGAGCCGCUUCCCCUGGAGUGAACGCUGAUUUUUUUAAUCAGUUAUUAGAACUUGGCAAGGUGCUUUUCCCUACUGUAGUCAGUAAGGAGCUGGCGCUGCUCUCGUUGCACUCUUUUGCACUGGUGUCCAGAACAUUUUUGUCAAUUUACGUUGCAGGACUGGACGGUAAGAUUGUAAAGACGAUAGUAGAGAAGAAGCCCAGGAGCUUCGUCAUUAAGCUCGUGAAGUGGCUACUAAUUGCCAUCCCAGCCACUUUCGUAAACAGUGCGAUCCGUUACUUAGAAGGCAAACUGGCAGUGGCUUUUCGUACACGUUUAGUGAAUCAUGCGUACCAAACCUAUUUUACUAAUCAGACCUAUUACAAGGUUAGUAAUAUGGACGGGAGGUUGGCGAACCCCGACCAGUCCCUGACAGAGGAUAUUAUGAUGUUUUCUCAGUCCAUUGCGCAUCUGUACUCCAACCUGACCAAACCUAUCCUUGAUGUGAUACUGACUUCUUACACUCUUAUCCAGACAGCUAGAUCUAGAGGAGCUAGUGCUACUGGACCCACUGCAUUGGCUGGGUUAGUGGUAUAUGCAACAGCUAUGGUGCUGAGAGCUUGCUCCCCCAAGUUUGGCAAACUGGUGGCGGAGGAAGCUGACCGGAAGGGUUAUUUGCGUUAUGUUCAUUCACGGAUUAUAGCCAAUGCAGAAGAAAUUGCGUUUUAUAGAGGGCACGAGAUAGAACUGAAGCAGCUACAAAAGUGUUAUAAGGCAUUAGCUGACCAGAUAAACCUUAUCUUGUCCAAACGCCUCUGGUACAUUAUGAUAGAGCAAUUCCUGAUGAAGUACGUCUGGAGUGCUUGUGGUUUAGUCAUGGUGGCAGUACCUAUAAUCACAGCAACUGGGUUUGCAGACAACGCAGAAGAAGAUGGGCAUAAAUCAGACAUGGUCAGUGAACGAACUGAGGCUUUCACUACUGCACGAAAUCUUCUGGCUUCUGGAGCAGAUGCCAUUGAAAGAAUUAUGUCUUCUUACAAAGAGGUCACUGAACUAGCUGGCUAUACAGCACGAGUGCACAACAUGUUUUUAGUCUUUGAAGAAGUACAGAGAGGGAUGUACCAGCGGGCUGUUGUAACUCAAGAAAGUCAAAAUGACAACAAGAAACAAAACUUAAACAUCGAAGGUCCCUUGGAAAUCAAAGGUCAAGUUAUUGAUGUUGAUCACGGCAUAAUUUGUGAAAAUGUUCCUAUUGUGACCCCAAAUGGAGACGUGGUUGUUUCCAGCCUCAAGUUCAAGGUAGAAGAAGGAAUGCAUCUGCUUAUAACAGGCCCCAAUGGCUGUGGGAAAAGUUCUCUGUUUCGAAUUUUAAGUGGUCUUUGGCCUGUAUAUGGAGGAGUUUUAUGUAAGCCUCCUCCACAGCAUAUGUUCUAUAUCCCUCAAAGACCAUACAUGUCUGUUGGAACACUGAGAGAUCAAGUGAUUUACCCUGAUUCAGUGGAAAACAUGCAUACUAAAGGCUAUCAGGACCAAGAUUUGGAGCGCAUUCUGGACAUAGUCAGUUUGAAUAACAUUGUACAAAGAGAGGGAGGCUGGGAUGCUGAAACAGAUUGGAAGGAUGUCUUGUCUGGGGGAGAGAAACAGCGAAUGGGAAUGGCACGAAUGUUCUAUCAUAAGCCGAAAUAUGCAUUACUUGAUGAGUGCACUAGUGCAGUAAGCAUUGAUGUCGAAGGGAAAAUAUUUCAGGUUGCCAAAGAUCAUGGUAUAUCCCUGCUGUCUAUAACACAUCGACCAUCUCUCUGGAAAUACCAUACACAUUUGCUGCAGUUUGAUGGAGAAGGAGGAUGGCACUUUGAACAGCUGGAUACCGCAACUAGACUAUCACUAACCGAAGAAAAACAAAGACUGGAGUCUCAGCUUGCAGGUGUUCCUAAAAUGCAGAAUCGACUUAAUGAACUUUGUAAAAUCUUAGGAGAUGAUUCAGUACUUAAAACUAUAAAAAGUAAAGACUAAUUAAUGACAUUAUUUGAAAAAGAGCAUCUUCUGGGAACAACAGCAAGAAAGCCACUUCAGAGUUACAGUAUGAUUUUUUAUACUUGUUUUAAAAUAAAGUAAUUGUUCUCCAGGAAAAAAAAAUCCCAGCAUGAACUGAGCCUCCAUGCAAGACUGACACAGUGAAACAUUCCAGAAAAUAAUGCAACCAUUAAUUCAGACUAAAUUACCACUAAUCUACUGCAUAAAUAAUUACAUCAAAAAGUUAAUACAGACACACCUUCACUUCUUUCAUUUGUAUGACAUUCUGCAGACACCUUUAAGGAUAUUUUAUAUGCUAGUGAACUGAUGAAAACACUUUGUUUUAUUAUAUUGAAUGUUCUAAUAUACUUUAUGAGUAUUUGCUCAGGUUAUGUCUGAAUUCAUGAUGUAGUUUAACAGUAAUUAAGCAACUGUGACAUGUUGAUGGGCAUAUUUUUAAUAUGAAAAAACAAGUGCAUAUUGGCAAUGUGAGUACUUCAGAACUAACAGAAUCUUGUAGAAAAUUGAAGCACUUCCUUCAAGCCUGCAUGUACACAGAGUGGGAAUACGGUUUGAGUCCCAUCAUAUAAAGAUUGAAAAUUACAUGUAUAGCAUGCAUGCUUAACUUGUACAGACUGUAAUACUGUAUUGCUUAAUGCAUUUCACAUAUUUUGUUAAGUGUCUGUAAUGAGACCAGAUUUUUUCAUCUGUUCAUUUCACAAGAUGUUAACCACACUGCAGUUUACAGAAGAUAAACAGGCCAAGACAUCUGUGAAAGUAUUUACAUUUGACACACAAAGGGCUUACAUUCUAUGUUUUGUGAUUGCUUUUAUUUUAUUUCAAUUAUUUGAAUUCUUCUUUACACCUUCAUCUCAGCCUGCCAAGAUAUACUUAAAAUCAAAAUCCUAUAAAAGCUAUUCCAAGUGCGUGCUUAGGGCUUGUGACGGUAGGAAAAUAAUGAACUAUCCUUGUUACAGUAUGAUUGUGAUUUCCAUGCAUUAUUAUCAAACUUGACUAGGUGAAUAUUGCAGUCAUACACUAACAAUAUAAAACAUGACCUGCAAGCAUCACAAAAUACUUUAAAACGUUCCUUACCAAAGUGUGUACUAUUAAAUGAGCUAGUCUUCAGGUUUUUUUUAGUAAAUUUUAUUUUACAAAGGACAUGUAACACAUUUAAAGUUUAUGUGAAGAGGACUGUAUGAACAGUAUGAAAUGUUGCUAACUAGAUUCCACUUGUUUGAAUUGACAUCAAUGUCCUUUUGGAGAUAUUAUUUGGAAGAAAUAUUCAGUCAGCUGAAAUCUUAUAAACUAUACUGACGCCAAAUCAUCCAGCUGAAAUUCAGUAAUGGUAAUACUGUGUUUAAUAGUUUAAUUUGUUUUAACUCUCACAGUGGUACUCAUCCUCAGUAAAAUAAAAUGUGCUUAAUUGGA